AGUAUAUUUCUUGCUUUAUGACCACCUUCUAACCUCUCAAAAGUGGGUGGGUGGGUGUAUGUAGUCUCCCUUUUUCUCAUUCUCUCUCUCAACAUCUCCACAAACUUUCCCUUUUUUCUUUUCCUUUUUCUUUAGAGACUUCAUCUAAUGGAUGCUGCUCAGUGGUCUGAGGGAUUGGGAGUUGUGAAAUCCAUGGAAGAAAAGAAAGCUAAUAAUAAUAAUAUUAGACCACAAAAGCCACAAGCUUUGAAUUGUCCUAGAUGCAACUCUUCACAUACAAAGUUUUGCUACUACAACAAUUAUAGUCUCUCUCAACCAAGAUACUUUUGCAAGACUUGUAGAAGGUAUUGGACCAACGGUGGAUCUCUUAGAAAUGUUCCGGUUGGUGGUGGUUCACGACGAAACAAACGAUCGUCGUCAUCUUCUACUUCUUCUUCAUCACUACCUACGCCGCCUCCACCACCAGCAGUAUCAACAACUUCAUUAUCCAAGAUGCAUCACCAGAUGAUGAUGGCCCCACAAGUACCAAACUUUAUCACACAAAACCCUAACAAGACUAUCAUCCAAGGUCAAGGUCAAAGUCAAGUUCAAGGUCAAGACCUAAACCUUGGAUAUCCAAACAUUUCUCUUCAGUUUGGUAACUUGCCAUACAACUCAUCAAACACCUCCACAUCAGCUAUGGAGUUCUUGAAAAGUGGAUUUGGUGAUCAAGUUAUGAUGAACUCAUUAGUACCAAACACCAUGAUCAUGAAUUCUCCAACAGGUUUGAAUUUUUCUCUUGAUGGAUUUGAUCAAAAUGGUGGUUAUAAUAAUCAACAUCAUCUACAAGGAGGAGGUAGUGGGGUGACUAAUCAUCAAAGCACCAUGAGUACUAUAACUACUACUUUAGGUACAAGUGGAAAUGCAAAGAUUUUAUUCCCUUUUCAAGAUUUGAAGCAAAUUUCAACCUCAAAUAGUGACCAUCAAUUGCUUGAGGCAACUAGAGGGCAAGGAGAAUCUUCAACUGGCUAUUGGAGUACUAGUGGGUUAGGAGGAGGAGGAGGAUCAUGGUAAAUAUAUAUAUCAGAAAAAAAAAAAAAAGUUGAUGAGUUUGAUAAGUACUUUCAAGUUUUUACCUUUUUGUUUGAUUUUAAUUUGUUCUUGUAGCUGUAGAAAUUGUGGAUUAUUUAUUUAAUAUUUAGUAGUUAUUAACUAUGCAUGUAAUUUUACUAAUAACUUAUAACCUAGGUUUGCUUUCAAUUCAUGUCCUUGGUCUUCAAGAAAAACUUGCUUGCCAUAUAUACUGUUAUCUGGCAAAUCGUGUCUUAUCGUGUUUAACAGGUUAAAAACAGCAUGAGGUACCCAAUUUGUCUGCUCUACUGUUAUCAAGAUUCUUUCAAACACAAAAUUACAUCUGUGAGACAAUUCAGUUGGAAGAUGAAGUUGGCUAGCAAGACUACUAUACUAUACUAGGUAUGAUCCUCAUGGCCAUGAUACACAUGGUACACCACUUUAUUACAGCUUCAUAUUUUAAUGCAUGUGGUAUAGCCAUGAAGGAUCUGAUUUGAAAUGGAAAUUUAUAUAUUUAUUUA